AUGGCCGCGCAGCCAUCCGCGCCCCCGGGCUUCACUGACCACACUUUCAAGUCAGCCAGCGGUGUCGAGCUCGCCGUGCGGGUUUGGCCCGCCGAAACCACCGUCAACGAGCCGGCGCCGUUCGUACUCUGGACCCAUGGCGGCGGGUGGUUUGGCGGUUUCCACUUCGCGCCCCUGCCGUGGAUGGCGCCUGGCUUCCGGCAGCGCGGAUACCACUUUGUGUCGCACAACUACCGUCUCGCCCCGCAAGUACGCGUAGACGACCAGCUGGCCGACUGUCUCGAGGUUGUGGCGUGGUGUCGCACCAACCUUCCCGACGUCCUCGGAACCGACAAGGUCGACGUGGAUCGCUAUGUCCUCUGCGGCGAGUCCGCCGGCGGUCAUCUGGCGACGCUGAUGGGCACCCGCCUCUCGAACCCGGCUCCCAGCGCGAUUGUCGACGUCUACGGGAUAGUAGAUUUUUUGACGAUGCCUGCUUUUGGCCCCGAGGACAAACGGCCCAGCAGAGCCAAGGAAGGGCCUUGGGUCGGCCGGUUCUCCGAGGAGGAGCUCAACACGUUGCUGCGGGAUCGCAACCCAGCCAACGUCUUGACCGACGGGCUCUCCUGGAACCAGUUUGAGUUCCUGACCGAGGCCGAGAUCAGCAAGCUCUGGGCGACCGAGUUCCGAUACACGGACAGGGUUCUGAUGCAGGCUGAGCUGCACAUGAUGCACUCGUUGGGCCGGUCCGCAGACGGCUUGCAUAUCGGCAUACUGCACAACGAAAAGUUCGCCAACGAAGACGAAUUUCUAGCGUUUGUCCGCUCCGUGUCCCCCGUGAGAGUGUUGCAGCAGCGGGUUUCGGAGGGCAAGAAGGGGCAAGAAUUGUAUCCCCCAACAGCAUUCCUGCACGGCACCGGCGAUGUUGAUGUCCCCGUCCAGCAGAGCUACGUCAUGUCCGCGUUGCUCAAGGACGCUGGCGUUCCUGUGGUAGAGUGCUACGAGGAGGGCGGUUUGCAUGUCUUUGAUAUGAAGUACACGGGCCCGGAGGUGCCUGGAUGGGACACAUAUAUUGACCCUCUCCUUGCUUUUGUCGACAUGCAUGUAGGACGGACCACCUAG